UGUUGAUACUGCGGGGUGCGCGGCCGGCGGUGAGCGGGGGAAGCGGCGCGGUGACAUUUCCUGCCGGGCCGCCCCCGGAGCCGCUGCCCGAGCGGGGCCCAGGAUGGCAGCGCUGGGAGAACCAAGUCAGUUUUCACAAACGCUGAACGGAGUCCCUCCCUCAAACCAAGUCAGCAGUGGAAUGGACCCCUUCCAUGCCUGUAGUAUUCUCCAACAGCUGAAGACCAUGUAUGAUGAAGGACAGCUGACAGAUAUUGUGGUGGAAGUGGAUCAUGGGAAAACAUUCUCCUGUCAUAGGAAUGUUCUUGCUGCAAUCAGCCCUUAUUUCAGAUCGAUGUUCACGAGCGGCCUUACCGAGAGCACCCAGAAGGAAGUUCGGAUCGUUGGUGUCGAGGCAGAGUCGAUGCAUUUAGUGUUGAACUAUGCAUAUACCUCCAGAGUAGUGCUGACAGAGGCCAACGUUCAAGCUUUGUUCACUGCAGCCAGUAUCUUCCAGAUCCCUUCCAUACAAGACCAGUGUGCUAAAUACAUGAUCAGUCAUUUGGACCCACAGAACUCCAUUGGGGUGUUCAUCUUUGCUGAUCACUAUGGUCAUCAGGAACUCAAAGACAGGUCACAAGACUACAUUCGCAAGAAGUUUCUGAGUGUCACCAAAGAGCAAGAGUUUCUUCAGUUGAGAAAAGACCAACUGAUAAGUAUCCUCAACAGUGAUGAUUUAAAUGUAGAUAAAGAAGAACAUGUUUAUGAGAGCAUUAUAAGGUGGUUUGAGCAUGAACAAAAUAAGAGAGAAGUGCACCUUCCGGAAAUAUUUGCCAAAUGCAUCCGAAUGCCUCUGCUGGAUGAAACAUUUUUGGAGAAAAUCCCUCCCGUGUUUGCACAGGCGAUGGCCAAAAGCUGUGUACAAAAGGGACAACCCAGUGCCAAUGGCUACACACAGCGGCUUGGAAUGACCGCUUCCGAAAUGAUCAUAUGCUUCGAUGCUGCCCACAAACACUCAGGAAAGAAGCAAACAGUGCCUUGUUUAGAUUCGGUCACAGGGAGAGUGUUUAAACUAUGCAAGCCACCAAAUGACUUGAGGGAGGUGGGAAUCCUGGUGUCUCCUGAUAACGACAUUUACAUUGCGGGUGGUUACAGGCCCAGCAGCAGCGAGGUCUCCAUCGACCACCGAGCCGAGAGUGACUUUUGGAUGUACGAUCACUCUGGCAAUAGGUGGAUUCCCAAGGCUCCUCUGCUGCGGGCCAGGAUAGGCUGCAAGUUGGUUCACUGCUGUGGGAAGCUGUACGCCAUCGGGGGCAGAGUUUAUGAAGGAGAUGGGCGCAACUCCCUCAAGUCUGUGGAGUGCUACGACAGCCGGGAGAACUGCUGGACAGCUGUGUGUCCCAUGCCCGUGGCAAUGGAGUUCCACAGUGCUGUGGAGUAUAAGGAUAACAUCUAUGUUUUACAGGGGGAGUUCUUCCUUUGCUACGAUCCUCAGAAGGAUUACUGGGGAUUUCUGACCCCAAUGACUGUGCCUAGGAUCCAAGGCUUGGCAACAGUGUACAACGACUCCAUCUACUACAUAGCUGGCACCUGUGGGAACCAUCAGCGCAUGUUCACCGUCGAGGCCUACGACAUCGAGCAGAACAAGUGGACUCGAAAGAAAGACUUCCCCUGCGACCAGUCCAUCAAUCCAUACAUCAAACUGGUUCUCCUCAAAAACAAACUCCAUCUCUUUGUCAGAGCUACUCAAGUCACUGUUGAAGAGCACGUUUUCAGAACCAGCAGGAAGAAUUCACUCUACCAGUACGACGAGGUCACUGACCAGUGGCAGAAAGUCUACGAGACUCCAGACAGGCUCUGGGAUUUAGGCCGGCAUUUUGAAUGUGUUGUUGCUAAAUUGUAUCCGCAGUGUCUUCAGAAAGUUAUUUAAAUUCUUUUUUUUUUGUUUGGUUUAUUUUUUUUUUUUUUUCAGUAACAGGCCUUAGUGAUUUCAGUGGUAAUUUGAUGCUAGAGAAAACAUGUCUUAAAAGAAAACAAAGAAAUUCUGUCAGUAUUUAUUGUAAGAUGAAACAGACAGUUUUUUGUAUAUGGGGAUGGGUGCUCUUUAAAGGUUGCAGUCCGGGGAGGGACUUGUUGGUUCAGUUCAUAUUUACUGCUAUUUUCCUGGGAAUUGAGAAGGAGGUUACAAAGUGCAAUUAUCAGCAUUUUUUUUCUGGUAAACACUUAAUCAUGUCAUACUAAAGGUUUUUUUUGUGGUAAAAGCAAAUUAAGUGGAAGAGCCAGGAUAACUAUGCACUACAGUGAAAGAAAAUCUAGCAUUAAUAGUUAAGGAUGUCCAAGAUGUGUUGAAGUGACUUUUCUUCUUUUUCUCUUUUUUUUUAAUACGGGUAAAAUUUGAGGCAAUAUCACUAAGUUUUGUUGCUUUUUUUUUUUUUUUAAUUUAGAGUGAAAGUACAUAGAGAGGAAUGGUAGAUCCUGCUUCAUAAUGAUCUCUUCUUUUUGUACUGUUUUUGAAGUCUGCUAAGAUGUUUGUGUUGUUGUUUGUGCACUGCAAUUUGGGAGAAAAACUCAAGUCAGAAUUGGAUUGUGGAGUACCUUUGCCCCGGAUGGAGGCCUGUUCAUAUUGUUGUACCAGUUCCUGUCUGUGGAUUUUUGUUGAGAUUGAGCUUAAUGAUAGUGGGGCAAAAACCCCAAAACCUGUUUUUUGCCACAUAGGUGUAGUGCUGUAAAAACUUUUUUUUUUUUUUAAACACUGAUUAAAACCUUUUUUUUCACCCCGUAAAGGGCUUUAACCCAAAAGUUGAUGGUGCUAGUACAUUUUUAAUACUUGUUUGUCUGAACUGGGCCAGCCUUCUGCUACUGUUUAAGACAGCCUGUUAUUUUCCAUGGAGUGUGUGUCUGUCUUCAGGCCCUGUCCUGUCAUCAGAUUCUUUUCUAACAUAACAUUUUUACUGCAGUGGUGUUCUUGCACAGAAUGGUGACAGGAUAUGGCCUUAAUAAUACUGAUUCUCUUUUCUUUUUUCUCUUUGUGUGGAGUGUUCAUUCUGUCUCCACUACAGUACAGUGCUAUGUGCAGAAUUGGCAUGUGCUCUGGUGAUUUGGAAAAGUGUGGUUUAACUUUGCAAGUUGUUUUUCUUUUCUCUCUGCAGUCAAGCCCCCAGCUAUCUUCUGUUUCCUUGUGAUCUAUAAUGUGAAAAAUUGCACUACUGAGCUGUCAGCAUUAUCCAGUUAUUAAAGCAAAAUUGACAAUAAGCAUCCAUGGCUUAAAUUAUCUUAGGGGAAAUACAGAAUAAGGAAUAUAUUGCAACUCUUGUCUUUAUGUAUUUAACAUUUAACUUAUUUUUAAAAAGUAAAUAAGUUCAAAGUUCAGCCUCUACUUCAGUAGUGAAAAUUGGAUUUAAAAGGGAAAAGAGGACUCCUAAAAUUACUUGCAUCAGCUGUAAUUCACCAGGUUUCUUACAGCUCUACUUUUUGCAGAGCUUUAAGUUAUCUUACUCUUUCCUGUUUUUUCCUGUUGACCUAAGUAAACCAGUUAACUUGACAUGGCACUGGCCAUCACUGCCUGAAAGUGCUUACCAUUAUCUGGCUUAACAGCUGAUAUUUCAGUCAGCCAAAUAUUUAGCUCAUUGUUUAUCCCCCUGGCAUGGCUGAGGAUUUGGAUAAUGUUUGUUUACCAUGUGGUCUUCCUGUUCCCAAAUGGAAUCUUCCUGAUACAUGAAAAUACUCGCCUGGUUCUAUUUAUUAAUUCUUGCACAAAAAGUUUGAGAGGCAAAAAACAAAGAAAAAACUGUGAAAUGAAAAGCAAAAUACAAAUGCCUCUUUGCAUUACAUACCUCAUCUUCCAGAGAUUCACCAAACUCUUCUUCCAAUGCGAGCACCUGCAUUUUGGUUUUUUUUCCUGAAUUUGGCAAUUCUCGCUGAGACUGCAUUUUCCAACAGUGUUGAGGUGUAUUGUUUCUUUGUUUAGUUUUCUUCUGGAUAGUUUUAUCUUUAUGCAUAGCCAGGAAUAAGGGGUUUUCUGAAAAGUACAACUAAUUUAAUUUUUAACUAAUGAUCCUUAGUCCUUGGCUAGCUCUCUUUGCGCUGUUGUAGGCCUCUAGCUGCAAGCUUUCUGAAGCACCCUCCCUAACAGUGUUGCAUUUGUGUGUAAGACCAUUUUUUUUGCAAAGUGUUACGUAACUUUUUCCUUGUUUCUUUGUUUGUGUUUCUUUUUUUUUUUUUUUUAGCUUGGUUGACUAUUUACAAGAUUUCUUGCUGCUUUUUGACAAUCUAUAUUUAUUUAGUAGAACAAAUUUCAAUAUAUUACUUGAAACUAUGAAAUAGAAUUGAGUUAGCAGUUGACUGGUCAUGUGAUGUAUAGAAGUACAAUAUGCUGUGGUUAAUUCUGCAGUAGGUUUGUUAAUUUUGUUUAUCUGCACUAAAGUACGAAGAUCUCCAUUCUGUUUAACCAUUCAAACUGAGGGUGUGAUCCAAGUCUGUCAUGUGUUUGAAAGCUAAAUCCUGGAAAUUGCUGUGGGAGUAGAAUAUACUAAAUCUUUUGCAUGAGGAGUUUGUUGAGACAGUAAUGUAGCUGUGACAUUUUGCCAAUUCUUAAAUGCUUCUACGUUAUGCUGAAAGUCAGAUUCCUGGUAAAGUUUUGCUUUAGAGUCAGGCUUAAAUAAACUUGCACAGCACAAAAGAAAAAUAAUUGCACCAAAGGUACUGAUAAUAUUUGAACAGUGAUCUGUACAUUUUGCUCAUUAGGAUUUUUUUUUUUGCAUUUGUUUAUUUCCCUUUAUGAAAUGAAUUUCUAGUGUUGUAAGAACUUAGGUGAGUGUAAAUCUCUUCCAAAAUUAUUAGUUACUUUAGAAGGAAACAUUUUGUAAUUUCCACUUGCUUCCAUCAAUGAAAUUUAGAAUAACUCAAAGCAGUUUUGGUGCACCAGACAUGCAGUGUGUGUAUGUUCUACAAGAGAUCCAAGAGCUCCCUGUUUGCAAGGCUGUUGAGAAGUGGCAUCCAACAUUCAGUGCUCAGGUAUGUUAGUAAGAAGUACUGUAGUCCUAUGAGGGCAAAUGUGUGGAUUUUUAAACAUUUUGCCAUAAUUGCACAAUUUUGCAUUUUUACUUAAUGUCAUGUUAUGUUUCUUAAAAUAAACCUAUUGUUGAAAUACAGUGGAGUUCAACAGUUUUUGUGGCAGAUCUGUGUGCAUUUUAGUAAAUUUCUGAAAAUUAA